AUGGAUUUAGUAAGUGGAGGAGAUCUCAGAUAUCAUAUAGGAAUAUAAUAUAGAUUUACAGAAAAACAAGCUUAAUUCUUUAUAGUUUGUAUUGUACUUUCAUUAGAAUAUUUACAUAAUAAUAAUAUAAUUCAUAGAGACUUAAAGCCUGAAAAUUUAGUUUUAGAUACUAAUGGUUAUCUAAAACUUACAGAUUUAGGAGUUGCAAGAGUUUUUAAAGAAGAUAACUUUUAAGAUACAUCUGGUACACCUGGAUAUAUGGCCCCAGAAGUAAUGUGUAGAUAAAAUCACACUUUUGCAGUAGAUUAUUAUGCUUUAGGAGUAAUUUGUUAUGAAUUAAUGUUAGGAAGAAGACCAUAUUUAGGAAGAAAUAGAAAGGAAAUAAAAGAAUAAAUUCUAUCAAAAUAAGUGUAAAUUAAAAGACAAGAAAUACCUGAUGGAUGGUCACUUGAAGCUGCAGAUUUUAUAAAUAGAUUAAUAUAAAGAAAACCUGCUAAUAGAUUAGGAUUUUUAGGGGCUAAAGAGAUUAAAUCUCAUCCUUUUUUGGCAAAUAUAGAUUGGAAUAAAGUACUUAAUUAAGAAAUGUUAGCACCAUAUUUACCUUAAGAUAUUUAAGAUAAUUAAGAAUAUAUAUAAUAAAUUUCGGUUGAUGGAUUGGAAUCUAAUGAAGAAUUAAUUUAAUAAAAUUCUAUACUAUUAAGAAAAGAUUCAGUAUAGAGUUUAUUCGCUCAAUAUAAUUAUUCGGUUUUAAAUAGAAAAGAAAUUUAUACAGGAAGUACAAAUAAUACUAAUAAUACGAAUUCAGAUAGAUUUUUAUGA